AUGGAUCAACAAAAUAUAAAAGCUGAAAAAGAAGCUAGAAAGGCUUACAAAAGUGAAUUUGGGGAUAAUGCAAUAGAUAUCCAGAAAAUAAGCGAACUAUUUACAAAAAAUGAACAAUUAUUAAAUCAACCUAAGUCUAAAAAAAUAGUUCCUGAAAGAUCUGCAUUUAUACAUAUAAAUAGAGUAUAUAUAUCAGCAUUAUAUGUUUUGGACAAAAUUCUGUUAAAUAAAAAAUUUAAUUUAGUGGAUUACUUUGGAAUUGAAAAGUCUAUUAUAUCCUUUUUUGAACUGAUGAAAGAUUAUUUUUUAUUAUUCGACAUAUCAUUCGAAAUGAUUGCAAAUUGGCGUUAUGAUGAUAAUUUUGUUAAAAAAUUUGAGGAUAAUUUUUAUUCAAUUUCUAUGAAAUAUCAACCACUAGCUGAAAAUAAUAACGAAUUAAUUUUGCUCGGGCAUAAAUUUUUGGAAUUUUAUCGAAUUAAAGAAAAUAAUGUAUUAGAUAUUAUAGAAGAAGAUUUGGAAACAUCUUUAUAUUUUGUUUUAGAUUUGAAACAAAAGGAAGGAGAAAAAUUAUCUGUUGAUUAUGCAAUAAGUACAUAUUAUAAAUUAAUUAAAAUUAAUUUACUUAACGGAUAUUAUCUGGGUGUGAUAUAG